UGUUCAUAUGUCUUUGAGAAUAUGAUAGCGAACUAAGCUGGUUUAAACUCGUUAAAACUCAUUGGCCUGAGUCAUAAAAGAUCAGAGAAUCGUCUUGUGUCGUGCGUAUGUUCAGUGCUUAAAGUUAGUGUAAGAGAAUCGUAGUUUUAAAAAAUUGUUAAGAAUUAUUUUUAUUUAUUUAUCGAAAACUUGCAUAAUGGAAAUAAAAAUCGAUGAGAAUGUUUUUGAGAAAAUGCUUCGAAAGAAAUUACCGAACGAGAUCGUUCAAAUUCUGGAAAUUAAACGUCAUUGCAUGUCGGAGAAAGGAUUAAAUUUCCUCAGUGAUUUAUACAUCAUGCGUGUGAGAUAUAUGGUUAUUUCUAACAAUAAGAAAAAUGAAACAAAAUCGGAAUGUUCGAUCAAUUUUAUCAUUAAAACCGAACCCCCGAACGGAUUAUCGUGCGAGAUUGCUCGCCAACAAAAUGUAUUCCAGAUCGAAUUGAAAGUUUUACAAGAUAUUCUACCGAGAAUAAAGGGAUUUAUCUCUCAUCAAAUUGGGCCGAAUUUAUUAUACUCCUCUGAUAAUCCUCCAUUUUUCAUUAUGGAGAAUUUAAAAGACAGAGGAUUCAUUAUGAAAGAUCGUCAAAAAGGAUUAUCACGUGAACAUUGUUCAUUAGUUAUAAAACAAAUUGCGAGAUUACACGCUGGAUCCGUUGCAAUUUUUGAAAAGGAUCCGAAAUUAAUUGAAUUUUUCAAAGAUGGCGGCAUCGUGUCGGCCAAUUGUCCUCAAAUUUUUAUACGAAUGAUGGAAGUAAGUCUUUUACGGAUAGGUAAUGAAAUAGGAAAAUGGUCAGAUGAAAAGUGUGCAUCUACAGCGAGCAAGUUAAUAAAAUUAGCAGAAACUAUCGGAUCAAGAUGCACGGAUGCCUAUAAUUACGACGAGAAUGAAUUCUGUGUAUUAAAUCAUGGAGAUUGUUGGAUCAAUAACAUGAUGUUUAAAGAAAAUGAGAAAGGCCAACCUAUCGAUGUUUUGUUGGUUGAUUAUCAAAUGUCCGUUUAUACGUCUCCAGCUAUCGAUUUAUUAUACUUUUUGAAUAUUUGUCCAGAAAUUGAUAUAAAAUAUGAUAACGACGAUUAUUUCCUCGGGAUAUAUUUGGACACUUUAGAGGAAACUAUGAAAAAUAUCGAUUGCAAAAGAAAAUCACCGACGAUGAGGGAAUUAAAGGCAGCGUUAUAUAAAAGAAAAAUAUACGCUGUUUUUGCUGGAAUCGUGCUUAAUUUACGAAUGCUGGCGAAUAAGGAAGAUACAGAGGAUUUUGACGAUUUAUUUGUCAAGUUAGGUGAAACUAAAAUGAAUGUUUUCAAAAGUCCAGACGCGGUGAAAUUAGCUGAAAAAAUGAUUCCAAUCAUGAACGAAAGAGGUUACUUGGACUGAAAAAAAAGACAAUAUUAAGAUAAAAGAAAACCUCUGAAAUUUUAAUUCUCUAUAAAUAAAAUUUUUUUUAAAGGAAAAAGAAUUUUAACUGAUAUGAUACGAACAUGAUCAAUGUUUGAGAUGAAUAUGAAAUUUAGAGAUCAAUAAAUAUUAUUUUUAUUUAUAAUAAUUUUUAAUACUCUAUUUAUUUUGAUUUGAUUACAUCAUCAUAUUUUACAAAAGCAUUUCCUUAUUUUUUUAAUUUAACGUCACUAGUCAUUCCGCCGAGUAACACCUUAAUCUCUUAAUUCUUCUUAUCUUCCUUAUCUUCUUAUCUUUGAACACAAAUUUUUUAAACGUAGAGAAGCAAGAAAAAAAAAGUAAAGGAAAAACUUAAAAAAACAAAAGAUUGACAAUUAGAACCAUAUCAUAAAAUCUUAAAAUCUUAUCAAUAUUUUUUCAAAUUGAAAAUUUGCUGUUAAAUCUCGUAUUCCUCAAUGACUUUUUAUGUAUUAAUUUCACAGGUUUUCGUUUACUUGAUCAACAAUUAAGAGGAUUUUCGAUUGCAGUAAAUUGAAGAUUUCUCUCUCUCCCAGCGAGGAAAAAGUAGCUCGCUUGGGACACAGUUUGAUGAACUUUCGAAAAGAUCCUUGGAGGGCGACCUUGGCGGUCAGCCUGUAGGAAUUGAUUUAUAAUAGGGCAGUAAAGCAGUAGGCUAAAAGAUCUCUGAAAGCAUCGUCUCGGUAACCUACAUCGUGAACAGAGAAAUUGUUGUGGCAAGCCUCGAUGGGGUGGCUUUUGCCUCGAGGUGAAUCUUCGCUACCGGGACGAGAGAAGAGAAACGCGUUGGAACAGAAGUCAUCUCGCCACGAGGAGAGAGAGAGAGAGAGAGAGAGUGAGAGAGAAAGAGGGAGAGAAAGAGAGAGAGAGAGAGAGUCUUUAGCCGGUACCGAGGUAUUUGCACAAGUUUCUCCCUUCCUCGUGCAACUUCUUGUUUGCGCUGACCUGGAAGAAGUUGCACGUAGUAGUCGACUGGGAGUCGAGGGAUUCGUAAAUCAUAGUAGAAAGGCGAAUUGGAAAAAUUCGGUAGCCGAUUCUCGGUUCUCCGCACGAGCUUCGAGAAAGUUAGGGAGAGGAAGAAGAGGCGCGUCGGGGGAGAGAAUAAAAGGAUAAUGGAAAACGGAGACGUCCGUGAAGUAUUUGGGUUAUUCGGUCGUCAGUGGCAGAAAAUUCCGGUAGCGGGCAACGAUUAGUUCCGAAUCGGGUAGAAAAUGACGUUAAAGUAGAAAUUUUCGGUAUCUUCGUUUCGGUAUUAUCGAUCGGUUUCAAUGCUUGGAAUAAAAUCUUUUGCCUCCCUAACACAAAACAUUUGUAAUGAACGUUUAACGUUUAACGAGCGAAUGGAUCUUUAUAUAUUAUAAUAAUAUAUAAUAAUUAUAUACUAUUAUAAUAAUUUAUAUUAAGAAAUUUUUUCCCUCGAUAUAAUAAAAUGUUGGGUGGGUGGAAAAUGAAAGGAUGAAAGAAAAUCGGUCGGAAUUCUCAUAGGGGUUAUACUAAUCCUUCGAUUUUUCAGGUGUUCCAUUUUGCUAUGUGUCGGACGACUUAUUUGUCAACGUCGUUUACCUGAAUAAAGUCUGUUUCUUAUUUGUCUCCUGAAAGAAAAUGGUCAACCCUGGGAAUACUUUACGGAAUUCGUCAGACGAAUGAAUCGUGCAACGAGAUAAAUGUAUCCUUCCACCGACGCACGAAAGGUUUAAUACUAUUAAAGGAGAAAGAGA